GGGCGCCGGAGCGGCUCUUCAGUGUUUGUGCCGGUAGCGGCCGCGUCUGGCUCGGCUCCCCCUUCCUCCAACCCCCGGCCCGGCGGCGUCCGCCUCCUCCGCGGCCACUCCGCCUUUUCCCUCCUGCCGUCCCUUCCUCCUCUUCCUUCCUCCUUUCCCUCCUCGCCGUCGCCUCCGCCGCCGCCCAGGACUGCCGGCCGGGAGACGAGUUCGGGGCAGCAGCCAGGAGUUUCCCAACCACGUAACCUCUCUGAACCAAAACAACAUUGUUGCUGGAGCACUUGUUUUUAAGGUAGAACUUUAGACUUCAUAGCACUGAAUUAACCUGCACUGAAAGCUGUUUACCUGCAGUUGUUCACUUUUGUUGAAAGUGACCAUGUCUCAAGUUCAAGUGCAAGUUCAGAACCCAUCUGCCGCUCUCUCAGGGAGCCAAAUACUGAACAAGAACCAGUCUCUUCUCUCACAGCCUUUGAUGAGUAUUCCUUCUACUACUAGCUCUCUGCCCUCUGAAAAUGCAGGUAGACCUAUUCAAAACUCUGCUUUACCCUCUGCAUCUAUUACAUCCACCAGUGCAGCUGCAGUUCCUUCUAACAUGGCACACCCCAAAGAGAAAACCCCAAUGUGUCUUGUGAAUGAGUUAGCCCGUUUCAACAAGAUUCAACCUGAGUAUAAGCUUUUGCGUGAGCAAGGUCCAGCUCACUGUAAGAAGGCAGCAGAGUGGCAGCAGCGCCGACGGGGACAGUCCUGGAGAAAGGUGUUUACAGUACAGCUAACACUUGGAGAUCAGCACUGGGAAGCUGAAGGAACUAGUAUUAAAAAAGCCCAACACACAGCUGCUGCCAAAGCUUUGGAAGGAACAAAAUUUCCUAAACCUAUAGUCCGCCCUUUUCGUAGCGAAGGAAGGAAUCCAGGUAUUAUGCGUGGGCCAAGACAGGUUCCUUUCAAAAGUGUGUCUAGAGAAAGCAUAACCCCUACUGUAGAGCUAAAUGCACUGUGCAUGAAACUUGGAAAAAAACCAAUGUAUAAGCCUGUCGACCCUUACUCUCGGAUGCAGUCCACCUAUAACUACAACAUGAGAGGAGGUGCUUAUCCCCCAAGGUACUUCUACCCAUUUCCAGUGCCACCUUUACUUUAUCAAGUUGAACUUUCUGUGGGAGGACAGCAAUUUAACGGGAAAGGAAAGACGAGACAGGCUGCGAAACACGAUGCUGCUGCAAAAGCUUUGAGGACCCUGCAGAACGAGCCCCCACUCGAGAGGCUGGAGGUGAAUGGAAGAGAAUCAGAAGAAGAAAAUCUCAAUAAAUCUGAAAUAAGUCAAGUAUUUGAGAUUGCACUUAAACGGAACUUGCCUGUGAAUUUUGAGUCUUUCCCUCUAAAACAGGUUGCCCGGGAGAGUGGCCCACCCCACAUGAAGAGCUUUGUGACCAGGGUGUCGGUUGGGGAGUUUGUGGGGGAAGGUGAAGGGAAGAGCAAGAAGAUUUCAAAGAAAAAUGCUGCUAUAGCUGUUCUUGAGGAGCUGAAGAAGUUACCGCCCCUGCCUACAGUUGAGCGAGUGAAGCCCAGAAUCAAAAAGAAAACAAAAUCCAUAGUCAGGCUACAAAGCAGCCCGGAAUACGGCCAGGGGAUGAACCCGAUUAGCAGACUGGCCCAGAUCCAGCAGGCAAAAAAGGAGAAGGAGCCAGAGUACCUCCUCCUCACUGAGCGAGGCCUCCCGCGCCGCAGGGAGUUUGUGAUGCAGGUGAAGGUGGGAAACCACACUGCAGAAGGAUCAGGCACCAAUAAGAAGGUGGCCAAACGCAAUGCAGCCGAGAACAUGCUGGAAAUCCUUGGUUUCAAAGUCCCACAGGCUCAGCCCACCAAACCAGCCCUCAAAUCAGAGGAGAAGACACCCAUAAAGAAACCAGGGGAUGGAAGAAAAGUAACGUUUUUUGAACCUGGCUCUGGGGAUGAAAAUGGGACUAGCAAUAAAGAGGAUGAGUUCAGGAUGCCUUAUCUUAGUCAUCAGCAGCUGCCUGCUGGAAUUCUUCCCAUGGUGCCCGAGGUUGCCCAGGCCGUAGGAGUCAGUCAAGGGCAUCACACCAGAGAGUUCACCAGGGUAGCUCCGAACCCUGCCAAGGCCACGGUAACUGCCAUGAUAGCCCGUGAAUUGUUGUAUGGGGGCACCUCGCCUACAGCCGAGACCGUUUUAAAGAAUAACAUCUCUUCAGGCCACGCGCCCCAUGGACCUCUCACGAGACCCUCUGAGCAGCUGGACUACCUUUCCAGAGUCCAGGGACUCCAGGUUGAAUACAAAGACUUCCCCAAGAACAACAAGAACGAAUUUGUAUCUCUUAUCAAUUGCUCCUCUCAGCCGCCCCUGAUCAGCCAUGGUAUCGGAAAGGAUGUGGAGUCCUGCCACGAUAUGGCCGCACUGAACAUUUUAAAGUUGCUGUCUGAGUUGGACCAACAAAAUACAGAGAUGCCAAGGACAGGAAAUGGACCAAUGUCUGUGUGUGGAAGGUGCUGAACCUUAUCUGGCCAUGAACCAUUGAAAAAUCCCAACAUAUAUACUGAAAAUACUGAAACUGCUUUGAAAAUUUGGAACUUCUGAUACCUCCAGUGGGCCGAGAGACACGAUGGGUAAAGGACUGGAGACAGCAGUGGUGAAGAAGGCGGGGCCCCGAGGAGGCAGCGGCGUGGCCUCUGGCCUGUGCUAUGGCUUCUCCUCACGCGGCAGCAGCUGCUGGGGGCCGGGCGGGCCUGCCAGGCACCCCAGCGCCACUGGGAAACCAGCGGGUCCACGCCCCAGGCACCCUAGCGCUUGGUUAGGGUGGGGGGUUUUUUUUUGGUUUUGUUUUUUGGGGGUGGUUUUUUUGUUGUUGUUGUUUUUUCUUCUUGCUGUGUGAAAGAAGAAACAGAAAGCACGACCCCUUCUCAAACUGGCUCACUCAAACACUUUGGGACAAACCCUGGACACCAUGCUGGAGAGAGGCCUUAGUCUGGCCCCAGAGCUGAAAGCAC